AUGUCUCCCCCAAACCAAAUCACACUGAGCCCUGCCCAACGAGAGGACCUACUCCGCGGCGGUUCCAAGCAGCAGCAUCAACAGCAAGAAGUAACCGCCAAACUGCCCCUCGGAAAGCAACACACGCACCCGCGAGGCAUUUCGGCCGGCGACGAGGACGCGAGCGUCUCGUUCGUCGGCACCGCGACCACCAUCCUCGAGUGGCAGGGCGUCCGGAUCCUGACGGACCCAAACUUCCUCCACGCCGGAGACCACGUCCACCUCGGGCCGGGGGUGAGCGCCCAGCGCAAAACGGACCCGGCGGUGGACCUCGAGGCGCUCCCGCCGCUCGAUGCUAUUUUGCUCUCGCACUACCACGAGGACCAUUUCGAUCGCCUGGUCGAGGACUCGCUGAAUCGCGACUUUCCCAUCAUCACGACGCCGCAUGCAAAAUCAUGCUUGGCUGCCGAGGGGGGAAAGGAUGAGCCGUUUCGUAGGGUGUGGGAGUUGGACUUUUUCCAGGAUCUGCUGCUCGACAUCGACAACCCGUCGUCGUCGUCGUCGUCUGCUGCGGGGCACAGGCGUCCCGCAAUCAAGGUCACGGGCAUGCCGGGAAAGCACGUCCCGCCUGGGGCUCUGUCGGUAGCCAACGACGUCCUGCAGGCCGUGCCGCCGACCAACGGCUGGAUGCUGGAGCUGGGCUACCGUACUUCUGGGAACCUCGAAGACGACUCGGCGGCGAUCGAGACGGGCUACCGCAUCUACAUCUCGGGCGACACGCUCAUGGUGGACGACCUGAAGAAGAUCCCCGAGUGGCUUGACGAGAAGCGUAUCGAUCUGAUGCUCGUCCACCUGGGAGGAACUACGAUCCCGGGCCCGUCGAUGCCCUUGUUGAUGGUCACGAUGGAUGCGGAGCAAGGGGUGCAGCUCAUGCGCUUGCUUGACCCGGAUGUCACGAUACCUAUCCACUAUGACGAUUAUGAUGUGUUCUUGUCGCCGUUGGAAGACUUUAAGAAUAAAGUGGAUGGGCAGGGGAAGAGGGAUAGGGUGGUGUAUUUGGACAGGGGGGAGCAUUAUCGGUUCAAGGUUAGGGGUUAA